UUUGUUUUGGCGGAACAGCUGAUCGGCGCGUCCGGAUCAGGGGUGAUAUUUUGAUGUUAUUUGGACUCUUAAUAAGAACCAAGCAAGAUGUCUCUGGUUGCUGAUGUAAUAGCAUCAGUUAGAAGCAAAAGUGGUGAGAAGGCAGGGAAGCCUGGAACAGGUCAGCUGGAGGAGUUAGUAAAACGUGCAGAAGAGGCACGUGAAGCAGUAUGCCAGACACUUGGAUCACGAUAUGACUCUUUGGCAAUGGUUGUUCAUGACACUGCACAUCUGCAUCAUCGUGUUGCAAAUGCUUUGGAGGAUCUUACAAGUCUGCACAACUCUAUUGAGCAGGAGGUGGUGUAUGGUUUAGAAGGCAGUGUAGGUGAGGUUGGGGGUGUGGUGAGGAGAUGGAGGGAGGUGGUUGGCGGCUUGGAAGCUGCCUCCACUCUCUUGACCAUACACACACUCCUUGAUGAGGCUCACCAGGCUGAAUUGGAGUAUGAAUUCUUGAAAACUGCUGAAAAUUUAGCAAAGGUUGAGAAACUCCUUGAGGAUGCAUCUGAGAAGGAUGUAGAGGGUCAACUUGACCUUCUAAGUAGUCUACAGGAGGAUAUGCUGGUCAGAAGGACACAGUUGGUUUAUACCAUUGGUGAGGUCUGGAGUGAAACCGUGACCUGGGAAGAGGAGCGUCUGGGAGAUGGUUCCAGAUCAGUCACUUUGGUAGUGCAAGCAGUGAAAUUUGAGUCCAAAGAGGAUGGGUUACAUAAACUCCAGCAAAUGUUGGGUGCAUUGCACAUGUUGGGAGAACUCCAGCGUCGUGUCACAGCCCUCGGCAAGAAUCUCAUGAAUCACAUUUUCAAGCCUAUAAUAAAUGAUGCAGCUAAGGUGAAAGCCACUGAUCGAAGUGAUGGAUAUUCUGUCCAGGUCACAUUACCUGCAAACACUAAGGAAAAGGCACCUGCAUCCACAGUGUUUGUUCAUCUCACUCAGGUAUUACGGAUCCUUCAUAGUGCACUCUUGUGUGUAAACAUUCAGGCAGAUGAGGGUGAAAUUUCACUUAUGCAGCUUCUGGGUAAACAGCUGGGACAGGAGUUUACAGAAGUGCUUAUUAAAGACUGCUUGGCUGAGGCAGUACCUUGUAGUAGAGCCCAGCUGGAGGAUUAUGAGGAGGUCAAGCGUGACACUCAGAAAUUCCAGGAUUUCCUUAUUGAAAUUGGAUUUUAUGGACCUGAUAACAAGUCCAUCAUAGAGUAUGCAGCAAAUGUAGAUGUUGUCUUCAGUAACAAGGCUUGUGCACACUUGUUGGAGCGGGCCAGAGAGCUCAUGACUCGGCCUGUUCACGUCACAGUCAGUGUUACCCCGCUGGAACCUGAGGGACCCAUCAUCAUUCAGGAUGAGACUGGUAAGAAAUUAGAGAAGAGCAGUAUGAGGCUGGAGAAACUUCUUGCAGCAAAGACAUUCAACCUUCCAAAAUGUCAGAUCAGUGCCUCUGUCUGUGAACUUGUUGAACUAAUAUAUGAGACAAUGGAAGAGGCUUGUACCAGUGCUCCACCCUAUGCAGGGAGGUUGUUCUAUACUGUGCGCAACAUCCUGAUGCUCUACUGCCAAGUUGUCCCAACUGCCCAUGCACAUGCCCUUGCUACCUUACCACAACAGGCAGCAAUCAUACACAACAACAGCAUGUACUUAGCACAUCAUGCCCUCCUGUUGGGACAUCAGUACAAGCACAGACUUCCACAAGCCCUGCGAGACAAUACCAUUACUACAGUUGACCUUGCUCAACAGCUCAGAAGAAUGGCAACUUCCACAUUCUUGAAAGCAAUGCAGUGGCAUCGUGCAUCAAUAAUUGAUACCUUAAGAGAGUCUGCAGGCUUAGAUAUGAUUGGAUGUGACACUAGUGCCGUGAACAAAGCAGAGCAGGGCAUGCGACAGUGUUUACACCAGCUGCAGUUACUCCAUCGUGUGUGGCAACAUGUUCUUCCUCAUACAGUCUACACAAAAGCCAUGAGCACACUAGUAGGAUCUGUGGUAGAAGAAGUAGUUAUCAGAGUGGUGGGUUUGGAAGAUAUAUCUGCAGAUUCAGCUCUUGCCCUCAUCAACCUCCUCAACCUUCUUAAGGACAACAUACCUCCCCUCUUCCAGGUUGAAGGUGAAGCCAAGACUAACCCAGGAGAUGUUAUAAGGCAUGUUCGACUCUGGGGGAAAUUCUGCGAACUCAUUGUCAUCUUGGGAGCCAGCUUACACGACAUCUUAGACAGAUGGUCUGAUGGAAAAGGCCCUCUGGCACAUGAAUUCACUCCAGAUGAAUCAAAACAACUCAUCAGAGCACUCUUCCAGAACACUAGUCGAAGAGCGCAGGUCUUGGCAAGCAUCAAGUGAUUUGUGUUACUUGUGUUGCUGAUAGACCUUGAUCCUAGGAGAUAUUUGAUAGCAGAUAUUGUUGGAGCAUGAAAAUAAUACAGACUUUAUAGGAUAUAUUUAUAUCUUUUUCUUUCCUUCUUUAAUAUUACCUUGCUUUUUUUUAUUAAAUUAUUUCUGGGACAAGUAUAGUUACUAUCCAUGUAUUUUUUAUAGGCAAUACUUUUGUAUGAUUAUAUUAAUUAUGUUUGUUAUUCUUUAUUCACUUAUAUAUAUGCAUGUAUGCUUUAAUAAAAUGUCCCAGUGGCUAAAUUUGUGCCUUUAACAUACCUGUGAUAAUAUGAUUGGCUGAGUAACAGAUAUAAGUGGAAUAACAAAUGUACAACAACAAAUAAAGUUUUGCUCACACAAAAAA